AUGUCAGGCUUCGGGUUUUCAAUCGGUGACAUCGUCCUGGUGGGCAACUACGCCUACUCGGUCUACAAGUCGUGUAAGAACGCUGGUGACAACUUCAAGGAGAUCACUUCAGAUGAUGAUGAAUGCAAGAACCCACAGUCUUCGUUCCAGCAGCUUUCCCCCGCGCAGAAAGGCGAGCUCGCUGCGCGCUUGCAAGACUGCAAAGCCGACCUCCGCUCGGUCAAGAAGAUACUACAUGACUUCCGCUCGCUCGACAAACGCGAUGCGCGGUACCGAGAUAGGCUCGCUUUCACGACUGGGAAGCAAGCUGCGAUACGGGAGAAGAUAGCGACGCAUAGUGUUCGGCUCCAACAAUUACUAAGCGGCAUCAAUGUCGGUACGCUAUCUAGGAUUGAGAGGAACACCGAUGCCCAUCACCUAUCGCUCCUGGAGAUCCGGGCGAAACUGGACCAAAUCCACAUGGACGUGCUUGCGGGCAGGCGUGAUGCCGCAACAUUCAUCAACGCGGAGGAUGCGGUCGCGUUAGAAGAUGAGGUCCUUGAUGACCGAAUGACGGAAGUCGAUGUUGACUUCAUGCCUGGGCGGAAAGAGUACGCACGGAAAGCUUACAACCGUUAUCGAGGUCUGGCAAUGGGAUCGGCUCUGGCGAGGCUGGUCGCACGGUACGCCCAAGCAGAAACAGUCGAAGGAUAA